AUGGCGCAGUGGGGAGCGCGAAGGCCGCGAUCGACGCCAUCAGCCGGCGGCGGCGGCGGCGGGCGCGUCGCGCACGCUCGCGACGCGAAGGUCAUCACGCUCGUGGACGACUACGAGGAUCGCAAGACCGGAGCCGUCGGAUUGACGCGCGAUCAGCGCGUCUCGCUCGAGUUCAAGCCGUUCGAUAGCCAGACCUAUCUGCAUCUCCGCAAUAGGCGCAUGGCGGUUCUCUCCAAGGCCGCGAUUCACGGCGCCGGCCUCGGUAGCGUCGGGAGUGUCGCCUCUCGGAGCUAUAGCGAGGACGACUGGGAAGACUAUGAUCCCGAAAACGAAUAUGCGUAUAACGAGUACGGCGAUAGUGAGGGCAGCGGCGAGGACUCUCCGAGGCGAGGCUGCGCGAGGCGGCCGCGCGAGCCGGAGCUGUACGACGCAAUUCGGCAUCCCCUAAGCGAAGCCCUCGACGCGGUUCGCGAGAAGCUCGAGCGCCGCGCGCUGAUGGUCGGCGGAGGCGGAGGCGGAGGCACGGGAGGGGGAGGGCGCGCGCAGGGGGGAGUGGAGCGGGUGAAGCUUCUGGUGCGGCUGGGGAAGCUUCUCUUCUCCGUGCAGGGCAGGCCGGACGCUACCCUGACCAACAUCCCGCCCUUCUCAGCCAAGACAUUCGAAGACCACAUGAACGAGCAUACACCGUUUGUGAAGCAGGUGUACCGAACCUAUGAGAGUCACCUCCCGGAGAGUGCAUAUCAGCAGGUGGAGGACAUGCUGCUGGGGGAUGCCCAGGUGGCGCACUCGCUGGGGGAGAAGUACAACAUUCAGGUGGUGGACACGAGGGAGCACAUCGUGUACAAGGCGGUCUGCAAGCACAGCCCUCACGAGCAGCGCUUGAUUGUGAAAAAGGUCAAGAAGCCGCCUGUGCGCCACGCACUAUUCGACAUUGCACGCCCCGACAAAGUUGUGGACGCACGCUUGAUCCUCAUCACUGAGACGCAUCUGACAACACUAGAUGGUGAGCUGCAAGUGGCACUUGACAGGAUUCUCGAGGCCACCAAGAUUGACCAACAGAGCCCUGCAGGGCUGCGCAUCCCACCUCACAUGACAGAAACCCAUGGAAGUAGGGGCUAUGGUGGUGGUGGUGGCAUGGGAUAUGCCACUUCUAGGGGCUAUGGUGGUGGUGGUGGUGGGGGGGGGGGGUGGGAGCAGCAGGUUCGUGGUGCGAGCGGUGCGGCAUGCCACGACGAGGCGGGCGGAGGGGAGAGGGCGGGUGUGGAAGCUGUGUCGUGUGGACGGGGUUGA